CCCCCGCAGCCUCCGCGUCUGCGCAGCCGCAGUCAGUGCGGCGCCAGCUCUGCAGAGCCCAGACAGGGUCUGGUUGGGGAGGUCCUCAGGUUCUGAACCCUGUGCCUGGGGAACCAGAGAGGACCCUGGAGCGGGAGGAGAAAGAGAAGCUUGUCUCAGAAGCUUCACCUCCUCCUGGGGCGAUGCAGAGUCUCAGUCCUGAGCAGACGCGGGGGCUGCUGGAGCCCGAGAGGACCAAGACGCUGCUGCCUCGGGAGAGCCGGGCCUGGGAGAAGCCUCCCCAUCCCACCUGCACCAAGGACUGGGAGGCUGUGGAGGUUGGGGCCUCCAGCCAUGACAGUGAUGAGAAAGACCUGUCUUCUCAAGAGACUGGGCUUUCCCAGGAGUGGAGUUCGGUGGAGGAAGAUGACGAAUCAGAGGGCUCCCAGGGCUUUGUGGAGUGGUCAAAAGCUCCACAACAAACAACCAUAGUCUUGGUAGUGUGCGUGCUUUUUUUGUUCCUGGUUUUAACGGGGAUGCCUAUGAUGUUUCACAUUUAACUAUAAUGGUGGCUGUUGUUUUAAAAGUUUAAUUUAAUGAAAUAGAUGCCCUGCAUUAUGUUAAGGAAGUGUGCUAGUUAAAAAUCAGGAAUAGGUGUUGAAUAUUUUCAAAUGCCUUUCAAACAUCCUUUGAGAUGAUUUAAAAAAUUUUUUUGGUGUGAGUUUUCACAUACUUUAUUUCCAUGAAAUGAAGACAUCAUUGAUUGUAAAACAUUAUUUUGUAUACUACGGAUAAAGAAAAAUGCUAAUUAAUCGUAAGAUGCCACCAACUGGAAGAUAUCUCCUGACUUUGAGAAGAUGAAAAAAUGUGCAACUGAGGAUCAAUGAAAUCUGGUAGAUUUCCUAACAUCAAACCAACUUUGCAUUCUUAAGGUUGUGGUGCACCAGUCUUUUCAUACACUAAAUUAUAUUUAUUGAUAUUUUAUGUAGGAUUCUUGCCUCUAUCUUCAUAUGUGAGAUUGGUGCUAUCUUUGUGAAGUUUUGGUGUCAUGGUUAAGCUUGCAUCAUAGAAAGACUUGGGUAACUUUUACCUUUUCUAUGCUUUUAAGCAGUUUCUGUAGCUUGAGAAGUAUCAGUCCCUUGAAAUUUUAAAUGAAUUCAUUGUUAUAACCAGGUCAUAGAGUCAUGGAGAGAAUGUUUCAGCUAAUUCUUGGGCAGCUUUCUUAGUUCUUUACAAUGUUAUCAGUUUAUUAAUACUUUUUACCUCUUGCAUUUAUUUUGGUGAAUUACAGAGUUUUUUCUUUUUUUUUUUUUUGAGACCGCGUCUCACUCUGUCACCCAGUCUGGAGUGCAGUGGCGUGAUCUCUGCAAGCUCUGCCUCCCAGGUUCACACCAUUCUCCUGCCUCAGCUUCCCGAGUAGCUGGGACUACAGGUGCCUGCCACCAUGCCCAGCUAAGUUUUUGUAUUUUUUAGUAGAGACGGGGUGUCACCGUGUUAGCCAGGAUGGUCUCGAUCUCCUGACCUCGUGAUCCACCUGCCUUGGUCUCCCUAAGUGCUGGGAUUACAGGCGUGAGCCACCAUGCCCAGCCCAGAGUUCUUUUAUCCUCUAGAAAAUUCUUCAUUCCAUAGGGCUUUUUCAUAUUAUUAGCUUAAUUAUGCCUACUGUUUUAUAAUUAAAAUUUUUCCUUUAUUUUGUUCUAUCCCCUCUAUCCUGUCAACUGCUGUUUGUGGUUUACUCAUCAUUAAAUUUGUCAAAGGUUUAUCUAGUUUACUAUUGUUUUUCCAAAGAACCAGCAUUAGGAUUCAUUUAUAUCCGUUAUUUCUUUUAUUUGUAAUUUGUUUUCCUUUGAUAUGUAUUGCAUUUAUUUUUUAUUGUUUUUCUUGUCUCAGUUUUUAUAUUGAAUACUUGAUUUAUAUUCUCUUUAUAUUUUCUAUAGUGGUAUACUUAUUAAUACAAAUGUACUUCUGGAUAUAGCCUUGGCCACAUCUUAACAUUUGAUUAUUCAUUUUUAUGUUGUCUAAAUAUUACAUUGUAGUGUUUCUAAAGAGUGCUUUGAAACUCAGUGAUAUGGUUUAUUUUUUGUUUAAAAAUAGUUUUGUUUUCUUGUUUUACUGCACUGUGAACACAGAAUGUGGCCUACAACACAUCUGCUUCCAAAACUUUUUAAAAAGCUUUUAGUGUGGCCUAGAACAUGUCCAUUUUUUUGUAAUUAUUUCUCAAACAUUUAAGAUGAAGAUAGCUUCUCUGUCUGUAGAAUUGAAAACUUUACAUGCCUGUUAAUUAACUCAGUAUCAUCAAUUAUAUUGUUCAGAUUCAUAUGUUAUCUAAUUUUGGCCUACUAUAUUCAUUAAAAACCAAUAAGGUUAUGUGAAAAUCUGUUAGUACAAUUGUUUUUGCUAAUGAAUUUUUAUAAUCUUUGCUUUAUGUACUCAACAGCUGUGUAAUUCGAUGCAUAUAAGUGCAGCAUUGUUAUAUCCUUGCCAAUUAAAUAAUAUAUGUAAAACACCAUAUGACAGUGGCAGGCAGAUAGUAGGCACUCAAUAAAUGUUAAUUAAAACCUGA